GUCUGAGCAGGCGGGGAGGGAGCGGAGCGGAGGACCCGAAACAAACGAGCAGAACCCGCGACUCUCUGCAACUUAACCGGUUAAGGCAGGUCAAUGCCAUUCUGACGAGCAGCUGAGAUGUCCAAUGACAGUCAGGGAUCGGUCAAGGGGGAGGCGGCCAUGAUGCCCUCUCCCUCUGCAUCCUCUCAGGGACCGCCCCUUUCUCCAUCCAGCGCCUCCAAACCACCUGAACUCCCAGAUGAACUGGUCCAGGCCGGAUGGUCUAAGUGCUGGUCUCGGAGGGAGAACCGACCGUACUAUUUCAACAGAUUCACCAAUCAGAGCCUGUGGGAGGUGCCAGUGUUGGGUCAGCAUGAUGUCAUUUCUGAUCCUUUAGGUCUGAAUGCAGCUCCAGCGGAGGGCGGAGACAGUAACCUUGGUAAUGGCCAGAGGAAGAGGAGGGGCUCUGAGGAGCAGGGGGUGGGGCCUAACAGCUUCAAACGAGCCAAGGUGGAGCCCACCACACCCAUCUCUCCCAGCACCCCUGGGGUCAAACCCUGGAGCUCCGCCCCUGAAGACAAGCAGGCCCAGUCGGCUACGCCCACAACCCCCAGCCCCGCCCCCACCCCAUACAGGCCAGCCGUUAUCUACUGGGAUCUGGACAUCCAGACCAAUGCCGUGAUCAGAGAGCACCCUCCUGCCAACCACCUGCCCCCCCACCCUGAGAUAGAGCUGCAGAGAGCUCAGCUGGUCACCAAACUUCGGCAACACUACCACGAACUGUGCCACCAGAGAGAAGGUAUCGAUCCACCCCGGGAGUCGUUCAACCGUUGGCUACUGGAGAGGAAAGUGAUUGACAAAGGUCAUGACCCCUUACUGCCGAGUGACUGUGACCCCGUCAUCUCUCCGUCCAUGUUCAGAGAGGUCAUGAACGACAUUCCCAUCCGGUUGUCGCGCAUUAAGUACAAAGAGGAGGCUCGGAAGCUGCUGUUUAAAUACGCCGAAGCUGCUAAAAAGAUGAUUGACUCCAGGAACGCCAGUCCAGAGAGCAGGAAGGUGGUGAAGUGGAACGCCGAGGACACCAUGAGCUGGCUGCGCCGGGAUCACUCCGCCAGCAAGGAGGACUACAUGGACCGUCUGGAGCACCUGAGGCAGCAGUGUGGACCUCAUGUCACUGCUGUCGCCAAAGACUCUGUGGAGGGAAUCUGCUCCAAGAUCUACCAGCUGUCUGCAGAGUACAGCCGCCGCCUGAGACAGACCCACCUGAGCCUGCUGCAGGACCCCCCCACAGAGGCGUGCGCGUCCCCCCAGCAGUCCCGGCUGGUCUACUGUUACCCGGUUCGUCUGGCGCUCCCCUCGCCUCCCCUUCCUCGAGUGGAGCUGCACUUUGAGAACGACGUGGCCUGUCUGCGCUUCAGAGGAGAGAUGGUCAAAGUCAACAGAGGACAUUUCAGCAAACUGGAGCUGUUGUACAGGUACAGCUGCAUAGAUGAUCCUCGCUUUGAGAAGUUCCUGUCCAGAGUCUGGUGCCUCCUCAAGAGAUACCAGGUGAUGUUUGGCAGCGGAGCUAACGAGGGGACGGGCCUACAGGGGGCGCUGCCCGUGUCUGUAUUUGAAGCGUUGAACCGACAGUUCGGAGUUUCUUUCGAGUGUUUUGCUUCGCCGCUCAACUGCUACUUCAAACAGUUUGGCUCCGCCUUCCCCGACAUCGACGGUUUCUUUGGAUCCAGAGGGCCGUUCCUGUCUUUCUGUCCAGUCAGUGGCUCUUUUGAAGCUAACCCUCCGUUCUGUGAAGAACUGAUGGACGCCAUGGUGACACACUUUGAGGAGCUGUUGGAUCAGUCCUCUGAGCCCCUGUCCUUCAUUGUCUUCGUCCCUGAGUGGCGUGACCCCGUGACCCCGGCUCUGACCCGCAUGGAGGGAAGUCGAUUCCUGCGUCACCAGCUGAGCGUCCCGGCCUACGAGCACGAGUAUCGCUCUGGGAGCCAACACAUUUGCAAGAGAGAUGAGAUGUACUACCGGGCAGUACACGGUACUGCAGUACUCUUUCUUCAGAAUGACGCUGGUUUUGCGAAGUGGGCUCCAACUCCGGAGCGUUUGGCCGAGCUGAUGGCGGCUUACCGCCCCUCCCCCUCCCACCCCUCUUCCUUGUCCUCCCCUGGCCCCGCCCACACAACUCCCGGAGACAGAGACUCCACCUCCAAGGCCGCUGAUCGGCCGCAAGGUGCCGUGAUGUCACCUGGUGGCCACGACAACAACAACAACAACAACAACAACAACAACAGCAACAGCAGCAGCAGCAGCAGUAGCAGCAGUCCUCGAGACAAGAUGGCGGCCGUGUAGAUGGGGCGGGGCUUAUACUGUGACUGCGCCCCUGAACCUGUUGGAAAGUUGUUUAAAAAUUCUGUUUUACAGCAUUAGUUUGUUCUGACCAUUGUCUCGUCUGUUCAGAUUGUCCCUCACCAGCACCUGUAGCACACGCUCAGCUUCUGUCAACGUACCCACGAUGCAACUCUGCUGUCGCCGCUGCCAGCAGGGGGCGGGGCCAGAGUACCCCCUUAAAUCUGAAUGAAUCAUUUCUGUUGGCUUUAAACGUGUCCCCUCAAUCUGGAUCUUCCCCCCUUCACAUCAGCUCUUCUGAUUGGUCAAAACUCUGACAUCACAGGUUGCCAGAAGAUGUAUUUAAUCAGCGAUCAGCAACAGGUUGGAGCUCCAGCAAUAAAACGUUUUCAUUCGCCAUGUGAUGCCAGUGCUCAUCUGGGUCAUUGGGGCACUUCUGAUUGGUCCCCACACCGACAGGGCUUGGUGAUUGGUUGACAAGGCAGCUAUCGUUUCUAUUGGACUGGGUCCGCUCCAUUUCAGUGCGGCGGUGCAACGCCUAACACGUAACGACAAGGGGUGGGACAACUGUUCAGGUAAAGUGUGAUUUGUCAGCCAGCACAGCUACCACGUGACUGUCACAUGGUCACCGUGUCGGCCAAACAAAUACUGGCAGCCUGGACAGUAGUUUACAUUUCCAUUGGAUCCCUCUCUCGCCAUGUGACCGUGGUGAUGUACAUGCCACUUUCGCUGCUGAAAUUUAGUGGCGUAUCUGAUGGCUGUGAUUAGUGUCACCUGAUGUGCAGACUCUGCCUACUUGGUGCACCGCAGGUGUACACCGGCGCAUCAAUGGGGUGGACCCCCUUUCUUUGUUGAAUCGGACAGAAUCCAGCAGCGUCCUGCUUAAGGCUCUGCCUCCUCGGGACAGACUGGCCAAUCAGUGCCCAUCAUUCAGAGGAUGAACCUGCUCGGUCCCUGGUGGUUUGUGGGAGGCUGACUAUUCAGCGGGCAGUCGGAGGCGGAGUCAGAACUGGGACACCGACUGGUCAGCGAGGACAGACGAAUCCUCGGAGGUCCCAUCAGACCAUCAAACGGGAAGUUUGAUCAGAGACGAGACAGUCAGCUGGAGCUGGUGGAGAUGAUCCUGCAUUUUCAAUCCUAGUGUGACAAUUGUGGUUCAUGUUCUCGUAGAGGGUGUUAGGGUUCUGGAUGCUCAGACGGAACCCAGUUUAAUCAGUAACAGACCACAUUUAGUUCUUAAAGCAAACUAAUUCUCCCAACAUGACCAUAUUCGUCUUGUUUUAUCAUUUUUUCUCAAAAUAUUGACUUUUUCUUGUAAUAUUACAACUUGAAGAAAAUCUUACGACUUUUUUUUCUCUGAAAUGUGAAAACUUUUAAACUCAAACCAUUCAGACUUAUCUCGAAAUCUUUAACCGUAUUUAUCCACUUGCUUUAUUGUGGGUCCUAAACUUACGAUAAUUCACAAAAAGAAAUCUUUAAAAUAAGAAUUCAAACAAUGGAAAUAUUUGGGGGAACCAGCAGCUCCCUAACCCCAUGCCAGCAGCCGGCUGUCUGCUCUCUGAUUGGUCGAUGAGCCGUCCUAUCAGGCGUCUGUCUCCGUGUGACUUCAGUUCUGCCUCAGCAGCAGAUGUGUAGAUACUGUACAGUUAAACUGAUAUGAAGUCUGUUGAUGUUAUUUUCCUCAUCUUCUGUUAAAUUGAUUGAAAAAAAAUUUAAUUGUUCCUUUUUAUUUGAUCUAAUUUAACAUUUUUUUAAAAAGAUGGAGAUCUGUUUUCUGUAUUAUACAACUUAUGAUAGUUUGUUUUAAACUAAACCAAAGUGUUAUUAAGAAAUCUAUAUCUUGUAUGUAAAAGUAGAAGCGUGUAUGCAUCAGUAAUGCUGAAGUCUAACCAGCAGAAUACUCCUCCACAUUAUUUUUAUAAUUCUCAGCUGUUUCUGUAAGUGAUCUUUGUUUUUUAUGGUUUUUAGGUUAUUUGGGGGUUUUGUUGUGCAUGAAACCUUUUGGAUUUAAAUGAUGUAUGUAUUCCUGAAUGUGUUUUUUAGGCCGAGUCUUCAGUGUCGCUGCGUCACAGAAAAUCAGUUUCAUGUUCACCGUUUGUUUUAAAGGUCUCUUUAAAUGAACAGUCAGCAUUGUGGGACAUUGUGUUUACUGUAAAGCGGGACUUUUUGAUGGAGCUAAAACAGCAGUUUCCACCUGCUUCCAGUGUGUGUGCUAAGCUAGGCUAAUGUUGUACUCUUAUUUAACAUUUCUCCUAAGUCAGAUAACUUAGUGUUCCUGUAAAACUGCGUUACAUUGACCAAAUGAAACAAAUUGGAGAUGUUUUAAUGUAAUUAUCGGAUCUAAAAAAAGGUAAAAUUAUGGUAAUUAUGAGAUAAAAAUCUCAUAAUUUUGACAAAAGAUGUCUCUACAGUUUCCUCACGAUAAUUAAAAGAAAACUCUUGUAAUUAUGUUUAUAAAAAACUAUUUUUUCCUUUUUAAGAGAUCUGCAAUAGAGUAAUGUUCUUGAAUUUAUGACAAACUAUUUUAUCUGAUAAUUAUGAUCAAAUUAGAACACAAGAAAACUGUGAUUGCAAAAAUGUUUGUCAAAUUUCGGAUAUCUUUACCUUCUAAUCCGAAUUAAUUGAACUUGAUUCUGAGACAAUGUUUCACGUCAGUUUACUUGUAGGUAUGACAUUUGUAUCAUGACUACUAGACAAGGAUCUUGUAAAUAUGAGAUAAGAGAUAAAAACUUUUUAACAUUAUAAUUGAAAACCUUCGUUGGAGGAAGUAAUAACCCUUCAUCAGAAUAACGUGAAAGAGCAAAGAUGUAAUGACUUGGAAAUGGCCGAAGUUCAGAACAUCUUUGUGUGUCGUUGUGAUUUGUCUUUAUUUUGUGUUGUCGUCAUCACGAGAGAACGCCUUCGCCUGUUUUGUCUUUGUUGGAUUUGAUGCGCAUUUCUUCAUAGAUUCAAACCAGCAGGUAGUUUUGUUUCCUUCAGAUUCAGAGAACAAAGCCGACUGAAAACAUCCCGACUCUAAAAUGUCUUGCAUCUGGUUGUAAAUAUGAAAUGACAUUCGGUGUGAGGCCGUGUGGCAACGCCGCAGGGCGAUGAAGACUCGGCCAUGUUUGUGGUGGGGUCCUCACAGCUGGAGAAUGUAAAUACAGUCUGUCCUUCAUCCUGCCUGCAGACAAACUGCAGCUUCACUCUCCCAGUAAAAAUAUAUCCAACCCAGUUACAUACUGGUCCAAGUCAUCUUUGACUCACUCAGAUCCUCCUGAGGACACAGGAAGUGUACUCCUUCCAUUGUGUUCCAGCAGACUCGAGCUGAUCGGGUUUCAGGAUCUUCAGAACAACAGAAUGUAGAAAAUUACUUUAAACUCACCAAAAUGAACAGGCAGUACAGGAACCUCCAACAAAUCGAAUGAAACUAUGGUCACAAAAAGGCAGAACACAAAAACCUCAAUACUUCAAGCAUAAAAUGGAGAAACAAAUGCCGUCAUUGCAGUUGGAGUGAAUCAGUAACACACUAUUGAUGAUACUGGUUCCAGGGUUUGACCACACAGUGUGGUCAGAGAGGUAAAG